CCUGGCCGCCAGUCGGUGGGUUCAGCGGAAAGGGAAGGUGCCGCUGCUACGCCGACCUAUAAAAGCCAAGCCCGCCGAGGACCCGACACCAGUUUCUUCCAAGAACUCUCAACAUGAAGUUUGUGAUCCUCGCCGCCCUGGCCGCCGUGGCCCUCGCCGCCCCCAGGCCCGACAAGCCCUAUGGUGCCUCCGCCGAGAGCGCCGAGUUCAUCCCCAUCCUGAAGGACGAGCGUGUCCAGGAGGACGACGGCAGGUACAACCUGGACGUGGAGACCGGCAACGGCAUCUUCCUCUCCCAGUCCGGCUCCCCCGACGGCCCCGACGGUUCCGUUGUCAAGUCCGGAGUCUACUCCUACACCGCCCCUGACGGCACACCCGUCGUAGUCAAGUUCGUCGCCGACGGUAACGGCUACCAGCCCGAGUCUGACCUGCUGCCCGUGGCCCCCGCCUUCCCCCACCCCAUCCCCCAGUUCGUGCUGGACCAGAUCGCUAAGGCCGCCGAGGAGGACGCCGCCCGCGCCCGCGGUGACUUUGACUCCUCCGAGGAGGGUUACAGAUACGAUUAGAUUGUAUAAUCUGAAUGUUAAACGGCAUGUGCUCUUCCGAUGUAUUUAUUUAUUUAUUUUAUAAAUAAAUAGUGAUAUUAUA